AUGAAGAUGAAGGAAAUACUGUCAUCCAUGACCCAACCGAAUGAAACGGAGUCGAACACUGCGCAAACGGUGGCUAGAACGCCCACGAACGCGUCGUUACGUCCUGCAGUUUCGACUCCGACUUCUGACAAGGGUUUGCCAGAACCAACCGCGAAAUCGCUUCUGGACUCGUUCGUUCCAUCUGCCGAGGAUUUAGAACCCUAUUUAUCUGUUAAUGAAGAGCUGGUGCUGCUUCACUUUUACCUGACGCGUCUUUUUGAAGACGACGUCAAAUACAUAAAAAAGGACAUCUCUGUUCGUUCGGUGCAGUUCUGUGCUGCCGCCUACGUGAAGCGUUUUUUCCUGGAGCGCAGCGUUCUCCAAUACAAUCCUCUCCUUAUCAUCGCCUCGAGCCUGCUCUUAGCAUACAAAGCAGACGAGUUCUGCAUGGUGAAAGCAGACAGCAUCGCCCGCACACUUCACCAAAAGGAGGAAGACAUCGUCAAAACCGAGCAGAAAGUUUUGUACGCCUUGAAAUACGAAAUCAUCGUCCACACGCCCUGCCGCAUCGUUCGACUGCCUGAUCAACAGGCGAUCGAUACACUGCUCGCCGAAAUCGCGCUCUCCGACGAGGGAAAACAGAUUUUAACAGAGCAAACGAUGGACGAAAUCAAAACCAAAGCCGAUCAGUUGCUUCUCGAAGUUUUUGCCACCGAUCUCGAUCUUCUUUUCUCCCCGUCGCUCCUCGUUUUCUUCGUUUAUUCCGCCGUCCUCGCAGAGCGACCCAACGGGCAGUUUCUCUUCACACAGAUCGUGGAAAAGGCGAAGCAGGACGGGAGUUUCGCGUCGAAUGUUCGAUUCGAAGCGCUGACGCAGGACAUCGAGAGCGUGAAGCGCGAAUUCGAUCGGUUCAACGAAAUGGUGGGGAAUGGAAGGACGCUGAGACGCAGAUCGCUUCGUUUCGAUUGA